AUGGCUGAAAUGGAGAUGAAGAGAGCUGAAGAGAAGGCAGCCGCGAGAAGCAAGGAGUACGAGGAAUACAUGGAAAGACGGAAGAAAGGAGAGGGCAAGGCCGAGUAUCCUGAGGAGGUGAAAGACACGCUGCGAUGGGGAAAGGAUGAUGACAAGGGGAAGAAGGAUGGGAGACCAAACAAGAAAGAUCGAGGAAGGGCUCCGAACGAGAAAACCCACAGGCUCCCAGAAGUCAGUGAAGUGCCGGCAAAGAGACACAAUGACGAAAUUGUGUUCGAGCGAGAAUUGAAAGAGGAAGGAAAGAGAAAUGCUGCUGGCCGAAAAUACGAGCCGGAGGCUGAGGAGGAGGAGGAGGAGGUUGAGAAUCGAAACGAAGUGGAGGAGUGGCUCACAAAUCAUGGUCUUCCUCAAUACGCCAAGGCGUUUGAGGAAGAGGGCUGGGACACGAUGGACUCUGUUUACACGAUGACGGAGGUGGGGAGGAGGGCGCGGGCAACGCCGCACGCGGACAUGUUGGACUUGGGCAUGAAGAAAGGUCAUCCGUGGGCCGAGGCUCAGCCUCACGCGUGGGAUGACUACGAGCGGCGAGAUGGAGGGUCGGGGCUGCACACGAGCGUGAGGACGAGAUAUGGUCCUGGAGGAUCAUCAAAGCUUGCAGACGCUGGAGGGCUGGGGGCUUUCUUGAUGGGAGGGGAUGAGGAAGAGGAGGACUACGCCCCUGCGCACCGACGUCUUCAGGCGAGGAAGGAGCAGAUAAUCUCAGAGUUAGAGGAGCUCCGCAGAGAGCACAUAAAGAGAUCGCGAUAG